UUUCGGGUACAAGUUUCAAAAACUGGACCUUUUUUCAAAAUCAAAAUCAAAAAGCUCUCGUAGGGAAGAAAAGUUUGAAGCUUUUUUUUUUUUUUGUGGAACGUAAAUUUCUCUAAAACCCUACCUAUUUUUAUUCCAAUUUUUUUAGUAUAUAUCAUUUCCUUGAUUUAGAUCUCUUAUAACCUCUUGUUGACAUUACUUUUUUUCUUAUUUAUAGAUAAUUCACCAUAUUGGUUAAAGGAAAAAAGCUCUUCUUGAUACAUUACUUGUUGAAUAAUUUUGCAUUUUGAUCCAAGAAAUGAAAAGGGGUGAUCCAAUUCAUGUCAAUUUUUGAUGGGGUUGUGUUAAAAUUUUGUCUUUGCUUGUAGAUUUUGCCAAAAAAAGGGUUUUCUUGAUUAUUUUGAUUGAAAAAAAGGGUGUAAUGAGUGGUUCAAAAUUGGAGGGGCCAUCUGCUCCGGUGGUAAGGCGAGACCCGUAUGAGGUGUUGUCCGUUUCGAGGGAUUCAUCUGAUCAGGAGAUUAAGACUGCUUAUAGAAAACUUGCUCUCAAGUAUCAUCCUGACAAGAAUGCUAACAAUCCUGAAGCUUCAGAACUCUUCAAGGAGGUUGCAUUCUCAUAUAGCAUUUUAUCUGAUCCAGAGAAAAGGAGGCAAUAUGAUAUGGCAGGCUUUGAGGCUCUUGAAGCUGAAGGAAUGGAUAUGGAAAUUGAUUUGUCUAACCUUGGAACUGUCAACACGAUGUUCGCAGCAUUGUUUAGCAAGUUGGGUGUUCCUAUCAAAACAACUAUUUCUGCUAAUGUUCUUGAAGAAGCUUUGAAUGGAACUGUCACGGUCCGCCCUCUUCCAAUUGGCAAAUCAGUCAGUGGAAAGGUAGAAAAGCAAAAUGCUCAUUUUUUCGGUGUAACAAUUAGUGAUGAACAAGCAGAAGCAGGGAUUGUAGUAAGAGUUACUUCAGCUGCGCAAAGCAAAUUCAAGCUGCUAUAUUUUGAACAUGAUGUAAAUGGGGGUUAUGGCCUGGCCUUGCAGGAAGAUAGUGAGAAAGCUGGCAAGGUAACCUCCGCGGGAAUGUAUUUCUUGCACUUUCAAGUGUACAGAAUGGAUUCAACUGUAAAUGCGUUAGCAAUGGCAAAAGAUCCUGAAGCUGCUUUCUUUAAGAGGCUGGAGGGCCUUCAACCUUGUGAGGUCUCACAACUAAAUGCCGGCACUCACAUAUUUGCUGUUUAUGGCGAUAAUUUCUUUAAGCCUGCUAGUUAUACUAUUGAGGCUCUGUGUGCCAAGACAUACGAGGACACAACUCAUAAGCUCCAGGAUAUCGAGGCUCAGAUUUUGAGGAAGAGAAAUGAGCUUCGACAGUUUGAAACAGAAUAUAGAAAGGCAUUGGCGCGGUUCCAGGAAGUGACCAAUAGAUACAGCCAGGAGAAGCAGUCUGUCGAUGAGCUGCUCAAGCAGAGGGACACCAUCCACUCUUCAUUCACGGUUACAAGGACGGUUGCUACCAUAAGUGGGAGCGGCAGUGGGCAUUUCAGUAACGGAAGUAGCAGUAAACUUUCUGGCGAAGACUUAAAAGCCGAUAGCCCAGGGGAAGAUGGCAGUUCAGACUCCAAGGAUAAAUACUCGAAGAGGAAAUGGUUUAACCUUAACCUCAAAGGUUCCGAGAAGAAGUAACCGGGCUCGAGGUUAUCUAUACUCUACAUGCUAUAAGUUCCCAGUUCCAUCCUCACGGCAAAGGAUGAGAGCUUCAUGUAUUCUUUGUUCAAUUUGUUGGUAUUUCUUGGGGUUCUGAGACGUUUUCUUUUACGUUUAUUUUUUCAAAUAUCAUUUUUUUAGGCAUGCAAGUCUGAUUUCUGUCGAGUGAUCAAAGAAGUUGAAGGUUUUUGUUCCAGUGUCUGUACAUUUGAUUCUUGUGCUGUAUCAUAAUGUACUAGUUAAUGGACUUCAAAUUUUCAGUCCUACAAA